UUCUGACGUACACUAAAUGUCAUUAUUUCAUCUUCCAUAAAAAGUUUUGUCUAAAAAUUUUUGUACAUUUAUCAUAUACAGUUUAUAACAGUCCAAAAUAGUGUUUCACAAGAAAUGUAAAUAUCUUCAACGCAGCAGCAUUGUUUUCUGACUUGCGCAUUUGGUGACGUUUAUUAUCGUACGGUAUCGCGAGUGAACGAACGAGUUUUUGUGGUUCUAAAGACGCUUUUCAUAAGAUUUUACAUUGGAAGUUUUAAUAUUAAAAACUUCUACCACACGUACUGAUUUGUAGUAAUAUGAGUAAUGCACCCAACCAAAAUGGAUCAGGUCUAGAGCAGCAGUUUGCUGGUCUGGACUUGCAGAGUCGCAGUUCAAGCGGCCGCUACGUGCCCCCACAUUUGCGCAACAAGCAAAGUAGUCAGUCCGAUACUACUACUACUAGUUACGAUAGAGAUCGUUUCGAUAGAGACAGAGGACAAGAAUCAAGAGGAGGUAGAGGAACUCGAGGCACUUAUAGUAGAGACAGCGGACGCGACAAUCGCGGAGACUUCUCCAGUUUCAAUUCCCGAAAUAGGAGAGACAAUUACCAGAAUGGCGAUGCCUAUGACAGGGGCAAUGAUUGGAGCCAUGGAGGCGGUGGCAGAGGUCAGGAGAGGGAGCGUGACCUGCCCCGUAAUGAUAGAUGGCAGGAGCCGGAGAAGACACGCGAGAGUGGCGGAGGGGGUGGAGGUCGUUGGAGUAACAACGACAAUUCUGGAGGGGCCGGAGGCCGUUGGGGCGACAACCGACGCAACGAGAACGACUGGACCAUACCUCUGCCCAGAGAUGAGCGUGUCGAGACUGAGCUCUUUGGUACCGGUAAUACUGGAAUCAACUUCAGCAAAUAUGAAGAUAUUCCUGUUGAAGCAACCGGUGAUAAAGUCCCGAGAAAUAUUACAUCUUUUGAGGAAGUACAGUUGACUGAACUAAUCCGCACCAAUAUUGCGUUAGCCCGUUACGAUUCCCCUACCCCAGUACAAAAGUAUGCGAUUCCGAUUAUUAUAGGAAAGCGAGAUGUUAUGGCUUGUGCCCAGACAGGUUCAGGCAAGACUGCAGCAUUUCUGGUACCCAUUCUGAACCAGAUGUUUGAGGGGGGCCCCCCAAACAUACAGCACGGUAGAAGUCGUAGGAAGCAGUACCCCCUUGGUUUAGUGUUGGCUCCUACCCGUGAGUUGGCUACACAGAUUUAUGACGAGUGUAAGAAAUUUUCUUACAGAUCUCGUGUACGUCCUUGUGUUGUGUACGGAGGUGCUCAUAUUGGCGACCAAAUGAGAGAACUUGACCGUGGUUGCCACCUUUUAGUUGCUACCCCUGGUCGUUUACUUGAUAUGAUUGACCGUGGUAGAAUUGGUCUCGAUUAUUGUCGUUAUUUAGUUCUUGAUGAAGCAGACCGUAUGUUGGAUAUGGGUUUCGAACAGCAGAUUCGUAGAGUCGUUGAGAAAGAAUCAAUGCCGAAAACCGGUGAACGUCAGACUCUCAUGUUCUCUGCAACUUUCCCAUCUCCCAUUCAGAUGUUAGCUCGUGACUUUCUUGAUAAUUACAUUUUUCUGGCUGUUGGCCGUGUCGGUUCUACAUCUGAAAAUAUUACACAAAAGGUUGUCUGGGUUGAGGAACAUGAUAAACGUUCUUUCUUGUUGGAUUUACUCAAUGUAGCUGAUCUGCAACAGCCUUCAGCUGAAAGUCUUACAUUAGUUUUUGUGGAGACGAAGAAGGGGGCCGAUUCUCUUGAAGAGUUUCUCCACAUGGAGGGCUAUCCAGUUACUUCCAUUCAUGGGGAUAGAACCCAGCGCGAACGUGAGGAUGCCCUAAGGCAAUUCAGAUCGGGAAAUACACCGAUUCUUGUAGCAACAGCAGUUGCUGCUCGUGGUCUGGACAUCCCACACGUCAAGCACGUGAUCAAUUUCGAUUUGCCCUCUGAUAUCGAGGAAUACGUUCACCGUAUUGGACGUACAGGCCGUAUGGGGAACUUGGGUCUCGCUACGUCAUUUUUCAAUGAUCGCAACAGGAACUUGGCCAGUGGAAUGCUGGAUUUAUUAAUCGAGGCCAAGCAGGAGUAUCCCAGCUGGUUGGAAAAUGUUGCCGCAGAUGGCAGGGUGCCUAGCUCCGGACGUAGAGGUGGCAAAGGACGAUAUGGCUCUGGCGGAGGUGGCAGCUUUGGAAGUAGAGAUUAUCGUCAGCAGUCUGGUGGCAUGCAAAGAAGCCAACGGUCUGGCAAUGGUUACGGCAACAGUGGCUAUGGAAAUGGAGGAGGUCACUACAGUGGCUUAGACAGAGCGAGCAACUUUGGAGGAAACUAUGGCAAUAGCAACAGUCGUGAUGACUGGUGGGAGAACUAAAAUAAUUAAACAGAUUUUACCUUUAGUAAGAAGUCCUUGUAUCAGCAUUCUCCCUGUAUUCAUUAACAAAAUGCUAAUUCAAUACCUUUAAUAUACUGUGUUUUCAGGGCAUUACAAAACUACAACCUGAAAGAUUCCUUUCCAUUCGACAUAUAUUUUCCUAGUUAAUGUACUUUAAUUUAUUUGAGUGUGGUGUAAUAGAAGUCAGUGUUUCUUUUUUUCAUUUAAGCACUCUGGAUCAUUUUCAGACCUUAGGCAAACUUCACUCAUAAUGCAUAUUUCAUUAUUACAAGUAGAGAAAUAGAUACUACUAUAGAUAAGGAACUAAACCCAUACGUUUCCAGUUGUUAGCUUGUAUUUCUCAUGUAUCGAAUGUAUGGAUAUAAAAUUGCCCGAUGUGUUGAAUCUCUCCUGGAGGUUUUUUUUGUUGGAAAUUUAGUUUAUGUUGACCGUGUGAACUAACUCAUGCAUUUGUUUUUUUUUUUUUUUCAUAUAAUUAAUCGAUGCAACAAAUCGUGCAAUUGGGUAUGUGUUAUAUUGUUUUGCUAUCCCGAUACAAGAUAGCAAGUGAUCUUGAAUAUUUAUGAAGAAAACUGCAACUUUUAAGUAUUUAUUGAGCCAAAUUAAUAUUUAUUUUUAAACUCCAACUCACAGCGAGUGCGUUCCUUAAGAAACGAGCUUCGACUAUGUCAUUCUAGUCUAACAAGAAGUUUUCGGAGUUCAGGGCUCAAAUAGCGUUGCAGUUACAGCUAUUUAGGGCGCUAAGAGUAUUCUGUACACGACUGUGAUAUUACCGAUCUAAUGUAAUCGUACUCGAUUAUAAUACGUAUAGUUUUAUGGUUGGCACAAAUACGAUUGUUAAGAAGCAGUCACGACGACUACGCGAAUAAGUCUUAGCGUAUGAACAAUAACUAUUUAACUUAAUGUAUUUUAAUUAAUAGUUUAAAAUAGGAACUAUUUAAAUCAAUGUUUGACAUUGUUAGAGUGGGCACAUCUUUUUUUGUGCCUCUAUAUUUCUAACUAAGCUGUUUCAGGUUUUUUAUAAAAUAUUUAUUAUACGAGCUUAUAAAGUAUUGUACAUUUUUUUUUAUUUAGUAGUUUUUUAUUUAUAAGUUGAGUGAUAGAUUUUUAAGUGAAUGUGUAGAGUAAUUCUAUCACAAAAAUAUCACUGAAGGAUUUCGUUUCGAUUGGUAAUAUAGAUAAAAUUUUGGUUAAUUCAGAGCAGAGGAACACUUGAUAAGUCAUUACAUACACUCAAAAUUUCUAAUGAGAGUAGAAUUAUUCUAUCCAGUCAUUUGUUUCUCCCUGUGAUAUGGUUAGAAAAUACGUGCCUAUUCUAACAGGAUGUGAGUGUCACAUUCUAGACGAUUAAAAAGUAAGAAGUGAAAUGAGGAGCUGUGACUGCAACCAAGUGAAUUAUUAAUGAAAUAUUGCUCUAAACCCAUUAAACACAGUGCUUAUUUUGGAAUUAUUCAAGAUAAGUAGGUGUUUAAGCGUUUUAGGACUAGUUGUUAUAUUAGUUGGAAUAAAUAAGUUACGAAUAAGGGAUGGCAAAAUGCUCCACAACUCUCUGUUUUUUUUUUCAAAGAGAGGAUUACAACUAAUUUUAAUGCAUUUACAAUUUGUUCUGGUAGAAAUGCUGUUACGGCAUUGAUAAAUAAAGAUAUUUAAACUUCAGAA